AUACUCGCAACCACAAAAGAGACCAACCUCCACAAUGGCGCUCCCUCCUAAGUUCAAGGGCCACCGCCUGCUCUUCUUCAGCGAUGACCCGUCGGUCCCAGCCCCAACUGAGACAGCUGCCUUGGAGCCCCUGCAUACGAUCGAGAUAUUCCUAGACUAUGUGUGCCCUUUUUCAGCCAAGGCAUUCAAGACCAUUGUCACCUCGGUGGCGCCCCGCAUCCGCGCCGACCCCCGCCUGGCCGGCAAGGUGCAGGUCCUCCUGCGGCAGCAGAUCCAACCCUGGCACCCGUCUUCGACGCUCGUGCACGAGGCCGCCCUUGCUGUGGAGAGGCUCGCCCCAGACAAGUUCUGGGAAUUCAGCGCGGCGCUUUUCGACGACCAGGAGGCCUACUUCGAUGUCAACGUCGUCAACGAGACGCGCAACAACACGUACAGGAGACUGGCGAAGCUGGGCGCUAAAAGCGUGGGCGUUAACGAGGAGGAGCUGUACAGCCUGCUCGCCAUCCCAGAGAAGGCGGCUGAGGGCGGCAGUCUGAACAUUGGCAACCAGGUCACCAACGACUUGAAGAUUGUGAUCAAGACGGCCAGGCUGGUGGGUGUGCAUGUCAGCCCAACGGUCAUUUUUGAUGGGGUCGUGAACAA